CCUCGUUGGUGUACUGCUCGGAGCAAUGGAGCCAGCCUUUGGGGAGGUGAACCAGCUGGGAGGAGUAUUCGUGAACGGGAGGCCGCUGCCCAACGCCAUCCGGCUUCGUAUCGUGGAACUGGCCCAACUGGGCAUCAGACCGUGUGACAUCAGCCGCCAGCUACGGGUCUCGCACGGCUGCGUCAGCAAGAUUCUGGCGCGCUACAACGAGACAGGCUCGAUCUUGCCAGGAGCCAUUGGGGGCAGCAAGCCCCGAGUUACCACCCCCACCGUGGUGAAACACAUCCGGACCUACAAGCAAAGGGACCCUGGCAUCUUUGCCUGGGAAAUCCGGGACCGCCUGCUGGCGGACGGCGUGUGUGACAAGUACAACGUGCCCUCGGUGAGCUCCAUCAGCCGCAUCCUGCGCAACAAGAUCGGCAACUUGGCUCAACAGGGCCAUUACGACUCAUACAAGCAGCACCAGCCGGCGCCGCAGCCCGCGCUGCCCUAUAACCACAUCUACUCGUACCCUAGCCCCAUCACCGCGGCCGCAGCUAAGGUGCCCACGCCGCCCGGGGUGCCUGCCAUCCCCGGCUCGGUGGCCAUGCCCCGUACCUGGCCCUCCUCCCAUUCCGUCACCGACAUCCUGGGCAUUCGCUCCAUCACCGACCAAGUGAGCGACAGCUCCCCCUACCAUAGCCCGAAGGUGGAGGAGUGGAGCAGCCUGGGCCGGAACAACUUCGCCGCCGCCGCCCCGCACGCGGUGAACGGGCUGGAGAAGGGAACCCUGGAGCAGGAGGCCAAGUACAGUCAGGCACCAAAUGGUCUACCAGCUGUGGGCAGUUUUGUGUCAGCAUCCAGCAUGGCUCCUUAUCCGACCCCGGCCCAAGUGUCGCCUUACGUGACCUAUAGCGCCGCUCCUUCCGGUUAUGUGGCUGGACAUGGGUGGCAGCAUGCCAGCGGCACCCCACUCUCCCCCCACAACUGUGACAUUCCCGCAUCGCUGGCGUUCAAGGGAAUGCAGGCAGCCAGAGAAGGUAGUCACUCUGUCAUGGCUUCCGCACUCUGA